CCAGCCCCCGCUGGGGAACGGCUCAAUUCACCGUGCCCGCCUCGGCGAUGCCUGCAGAGGUUAGAUCCGCUCUGGACCACCUUCUGGCCGGAGCAAGCACCGCGGAACGAGCGCUGCCAGCAUGGGAGGAAGCGAUCAAAGACUCUGAAAUGCCGGAGUGUUUCGUCUCAUUGCCUCAGGAUGCAGCGAAGAGCUUCUCUCACACCAAGCGGGUAGGGAACUACCUGGUGGGCAAGAUGAUCAACAAAGGCUCAUUCGCCAAGGUGAUGGAAGGGCUGCACAUUCCGACAGGAGAGAAGGUAGCCAUCAAGGUGAUCGACAAGAAGAAAGCAAAGCAGGACACUUACAUCCAGAAGAACAUGAAGAGAGAACCCCGCAUUCACCAAAUGAUCAAACACCCCAACAUCGUGCAGCUCUUUGAAACGCUGGAGACUGAGAACUCCUACUACAUGGCGAUGGAGCUGUGCCGGGGAGGUGACCUGAUGGACAGAAUCUGCGAGAAGAAGAAGCUUGAAGAACGAGAAGUGCGGAAAUACACCCGGCAGAUCCUGGCCGCGGUGGAACACCUCCAUCGCCAUGCCAUCGUGCACAGGGAUCUGAAAAUAGAAAACUUUCUCCUUGAUGAAAAUAACAACAUCAAAAUUGUAGAUUUUGGAUUAAGUAACAUCCUGAAGAAUGACAGCCAGGAGAUGUUAAAUACACAGUGCGGGAGUCCAGCCUAUGCUGCCCCUGAACUCCUCGCCCACAAGAAAUAUGGUCCCAAGGUGGAUGUCUGGUCAAUCGGGGUCAGUAUGUUUGCAAUGUUCACUGGCACAUUACCAUUCACCGUCGAGCCCUUCAACAUCAAACAACUGCAUCAGAAGAUGGUAAAUGGGGACAUGAGUUCCAUCCCAUCAGAAAUUUCCUCAGGGGCUGUGCACUUCAUGCUUUCUUUACUCGAACCCGACCCAGCCAAGCGGCCCUCCGUCAGAGAAGCAAUGGAGGAAAAAUGGAUAAAUGAAGGGUUUGUUCGAAGACCACUGCACUCAGUUAUCUACAAGAAUAGACUUCGUUCUGAUGAACUGAACUCGGUGGUUUUGAACUUUAUGACAGAGAAGAAAGGUUUCGGGUUGACGGAGAUUGUUAACACAUUAAUCAACAACAGGCCAUCUCCAAGCAUGGCAACUUACUAUUUAUUAAUGCAGAAAUUGGCACGGUACCAAAAAGAAAUUAAAAACAAGAAGAAAAUUGAGCCAAGUGAAUGGAACUUAUCAUCUGAGGGUCUGCAAAUUCACCAAGUAGAAAACAACUCCCUUAAUAAAAGACCAAUACAGCAGAGAGAAAAUGAAACAGCAAAACAAAGCAAAGAGAUGGAGGGAAGAAUUCCAGAUGAAAACCUACCGUCUGAAUCCCAGAAAAGUAGGAAAACGACUGAACAAUGUUUUCAGGAGGAUCAGAGGACCAUGGAGACAAGCAAGAGGCAGUGGAUGCACAGCCCCACACCAAAAGACAGUAUUAAAGAAGAGGAGAUUGCAAUUUCUUUAGAAAAACCUGUCAACUGUUUCCCAGAAGUUUCUAAAUUUGCAAACAGGGAACUCGUGCAUUUGGGUCUUCCUUCGUCUAGAAAUGCAUCCGACCUGGAUGGCUCAGAUUGUCAGCAUAAACCAGAGGCCACCCAAUGGACAGUUGCUGCAAAGAGACAAGACCAGAAGGAACAUAUACAAGAGACUCGUUUGCAACCAAUAGGUCCACAGGAGGUUGAAAGGAAUCACAAAUCACCAAUAGGCAGCCCUGAUAAAGCUACGCCCAGACUUUUGUUGGAUACCAAAGGAUAUUUCAAAAGUCCACCAGCCCAUCAUGAAACCAAGUUUAAAGACCUUCUUCAAGCUAUCGAAGACCAAUCAGCACCAGCACAUUGGAGGUGUCACGAGAAAGAUGAGAACAAUUUUGCGGUGAUUAAAACUCCUCAGCUUUCCCAAUUGCCAAAACUCAAUCAUGGCAUUUUCAAAGAUCCCUUUGGCAACAAAACCAGCUGGGUCCCGUCACCUUGCCACAGGACAAAUAGAUCCUCACCUUUCUUGGUCAAUGGCGCCAGGCAGCCACUAUUCACACCUUCGCGCCAGCAGGCCUUGGUGGCCAAGAGCUUGCGUCAGUCAAAGGAGAAAACAAAAACCUCUCUUUCCAACAACCUGUUCAGAAGGAACUGCAUUCAGCUCAAAGCGCCACGCAAACGCACAGACUUAAAUCUACUAGUUCUGCCAUCAGCGUUUCAGUCAAAGUCAGACAAAAAAGGUGAAAUUAUAAAGCUGGACUUUGUGUGAUACAAUAGACA